UUUCACAUCCACUUGACCGCCUUUCUGGUGUUAUUGGUUCGGGGAGCCAAACCCGGUUCCAAUCUACAAAGACCUAUGGUUCAGGUAAGGUACCGGGUGGGCUGGUACCCUCUUCGCUUGUCGACUAUGGUCCGGUACCUUCUACCCGGUACAUCUGUCCCUUGGCUCGUUCCAAAGUCUAUCCUACUCCUGACGUUGAGGUGGUUGAGGUUCAUUCAUGUUAUCAAUGCCGACGAAAAUAGAAGUUGCUCGCCAGUAUUGUUACGGUCGGACGACGGAACUUUUGUACCGGAUCAAGUCUCAAAAAUUCGUUUCCGCUUGGUUCUGACUCGAUCCGAUGCGAAAGGGGCGAUGUACACUUCAUUAUUAAUCCACUGGAGAUCACAAUGUUGACUAGGUAGGUCAAGGAAGUCCGAGAGAGUCCGAGAGAUUUAUCUGUCUCAAUCUCCAUGAACAAGCACCAUCUCCAUCAGUAUGCAGUAGGAUUUCGGGUUGGUAGGGAUAAGCUGAUCGUCUACUGCGUACUGCGUAUGACCUGCACUGGUCCCCACAAUGAUUGAACAGAUCAUGCCUGUAAUCGUGACGGCUGACAAGGGAUCCCAGC